AUGGCCCAGGGAACCAUGCGCUUCUGCUCUGAGGGAGACUGUGCCAUCUCACCCCCUCGAUGCCCUCGAAGAUGGCUUCCAGGAGGCCCUAUGCCCGAGAGCCCCCCAGGGGGUGGGAGGGCCCAGCUGGGCAUGUAUGGCAGUAUGGGCUCCCUAGUUCGACGAGUGGUAGGGCCAGGCGGUGGGAGCAGGGAGCUAGGGCGGGUGACAGCACCCUGUACGCCACUGAGGUGUACACCUGCUCCCCAGAGCCCCCCCUUACCUGCUGGGCCACCACAAAGCUCAGUGGUCAUAUUCCGCUUUGUGGAAAAGGCCAAUGUGAGGACAGUGAAUGGGGGCCUCAGUAGAAGCCUGGACCUUGGGUCUCCGUCUCCCAGCACCCCAUCCCCACCCCAGCGACUUGCCCCCACCCUAGCCCCUAGUUCCGGCUCCAAUUCUGGCUUGGGACGGAAGCUCCGGCUGGAGGCUUCCACCUCAGACCCACUCCCUGCUGGAGGAAAUUCAGCUCUCCUAACUGCCCGAUGCUGCCCCCUGCCUGGGUCCCCAGCCCAGCCAUCCACAGGUGGAGAUAGUCUCUAUUCCUCCCUCCCAAAUGGGCUGGGUGGGCCUUCAGAGGACCUGACCACUCUACUCCGAAGACCCUCAGGCAUUAAUUGCCAGAACCAGGGGGACUGCUGCUCCUCUCCCCGGGAAGUGUCUGCUCAUGCCCAGCGGAUUGCCCGGGCCAAGUGGGAAUUCUUCUUUGGCUCCCUGGAUCCCCCUAGCUCAGGUUCCCAGGCUCGGGAUCGGGAGUGGGAGCAGGCAUCGGUGAGAGUCCCCAGGGAGGAGCUGGGCCAUAGCUCAGAGGUGACCACGGGACGGGUAACUAAGUAUUCAGAAACCGAUCUGGACACAGUGCCCCUUCGGUGCUACCGGGAGACGGACAUCGAUGAGGUUCUGGCUGAGCGAGAGGAGGCUGACUCUGCUAUUGAGAGCCAACCCAGCUCAGAGCCCCUGGGUACAGCCAGAGCCCCCCAGCCUGCCCCUCGGCCAGGCCCCAGCCUGGACAGUGCCAGUGAGGAAGAAGAAGCUGAGGAGGAGGUGGACGACGAGGUGUUCGAGGCCUCCGAAGGGGCCCAGCCAGUGGCCAUGAGUCCCUGUGGGCCCCUCAAGUCCCCAGUGCCCUUCCUGCCAGGCUCCAGCCCAUCUGCAGAUGGUCCAGACUCCUUCAGCUGCAUCUUUGAAGCCAUCCUAGAGUCACACAGGGCCAAAGGCACAUCUUACACCAGCCUGGCCUCUCUGGAGGCCCUCGCCUCACCAAUCCCCACCCAAAGUCCCUUUUUCACCUUUGAACUGCCCCCCAAUCAUCUGGUCACCCAGCUUGAUUCCCAGCUGCCAGCCCCAUUAGCUCCACUGGAACCUGAUUCAGGGACCAGCUCAGCUGCCGAUGGGCCCUGGACCGAACGUGAGGAAGAGGAGGAGGAAGCUAAAAGAGGGGCCAAUUCAACUCAGGACAGGGCUCCACCUAGCCCUUGUCACUCUGAAGACAGCUUUGGUUUAGGGCCUCUGCCUGUGGGCAGUGAUCCCCCCCUGGGCCAACUGGUAUCGGAUUCUGACUCGGAACUGGACAGCACAGAGCAGCUGGCCCUGGGUAGCACUGACACCCUGUCCAACGGGCAGAAGGCUGACCUGGAAGCUGCCCAGAGGCUAGCCAAGCGGCUCUACAACCUGGAUGGCUUUAAGAAGGCUGAUGUGGCCCGGCAUCUGGGGAAGAACAAUGACUUCAGUAAACUGGUAGCUGGAGAGUACCUCAAAUUCUUUGUCUUCACUGGAAUGAGUCUGGACCAGGCACUCAGGGUGUUUCUGAAGGAGCUGGCUCUGAUGGGGGAAACCCAGGAGCGAGAGCGGGUCCUGGCUCAUUUCUCCCAGCGCUACCAUCAAUGUAACCCUGGGGCCCUGUCCUCUGAGGAUGGAGCCCACACCCUAACCUGUGCUCUCAUGCUGUUGAACACGGAUCUUCAUGGCCACAACAUUGGGAAACGAAUGACCUGUGGGGACUUCAUUGGGAACCUAGAGGGCCUCAACCAGGGGGGUGACUUCCCCAGGGAGUUGCUCAAGGCUCUGUACAGUUCCAUCAAGAAUGAGAAGCUUCAGUGGGCCAUUGAUGAAGAGGAACUCCGCCGCUCCCUGUCUGAACUGGCCGACCCAAACCCCAAGGUCAUCAAGAGGGUCAGUGGCGGCAGUGGCGGCGGCUCCAGCCCUUUCCUAGACUUGUCCCCAGAGCCUGGUGCUGCCAUUUACAAACAUGGCCCCCUGGUGCGCAAGGUGCACGCGGACCCCGACUGCAGGAAGACACCCCGGGGGAAGCGUGGCUGGAAGGCUUUCCAUGGCAUUCUGAAGGGGAUGAUCCUCUACCUGCAGAAGGAGGAGUACCAGCCGGGCACGGCUCUGGUGGAGGAAGAGCUGAAGAACGCCAUCAGCAUCCACCACGCCCUGGCCACCCGGGCCAGCGACUACAGCAAGCGGCCUCACGUGUUCUACCUGCGCACGGCGGACUGGCGGGUGUUCCUCUUCCAGGCACAGAGCUUGGAGCAGAUGCAGUCCUGGAUCACCCGCAUCAAUGUGGUGGCGGCCAUGUUCUCGGCCCCGCCCUUCCCGGCGGCCAUCAGUUCUCAGAAGAAGUUCAGUCGCCCUCUGCUGCCCAGCUCUGCCACCCGCCUCUCCCAGGAGGAGCAGGUGAGGACCCACGAAGCCAAACUCAGGGCCAUGGCGUCCGAGCUCCGGGAGCACAAGGCCAGCCAGCAGCAGCCCGACAGGAAGGCCAAGAGCAAGGAGGCCGAGGAGCAGCGGCAGAAGGAAGCCUAUUUGGAAUUUGAGAAAUCUCGCUACGGCACCUACGCCGCACUGCUCCGGGCCAAGCUGAAGGCGGGCAGCGAGGAGCUGGAGGCCGUGGAGGCCGUGCUCUGCCAGGCCGUGCCGGGGGGUGUCGAGGACGGGCUCCCCACAUCCUGCUCCAGCCCCACUCUGCAGCCCGAGCCGCCUCCACACAGCAGGCCACACCGCUCUGGCCCUGAACCCCGGGUGGGGGGCAGCGGACGGCAGAAACCCUGA